GAUAAGGUUCAGUUAGCCAAGGUGGAGGAUGGGAAAAGAAUGGAACUGUCCCAGCUCCUCAAUGAGAUCAGGGCAAACUAUGAAAAGAUCCUCACCAGCAAUCAGAUAGAGACGGUGCUCUCAACAAGGAUCCAGGUAAUGAUUUCAUACAGACAGGCACCUCCCAGGAUAAGGAGACAGUCCAUGUCUACCCAAUUCCUGUCCCGGCCUCUCUGAGCUAGAAGAAGAUAUAAGCAAAAAAAUGGACAAAGAUGAAGAGGCUUUGAAGGCAGCUCAGGCAGAACUCAAGGAGGCUCGUCGCCAGUGGCACCACCUGCAAGUGGAAAUCGAGUCUCUCCAUGCUGUGGAAAGGGGCCUUGAAAACUCCCUGCACGCCAGUGAGCAGCAUUACCAGAUGCAGCUGCAAGACCUAGAGGCUGUGAUUGACGGACUAGAGAGAGAGCUGCAGGAAGUCAGGCAGGGCAUCGAAAGGCAGCUGCAAGAGCAUGAGAUGCUUCUCAACACGAAGAUGAGACUGGAACAAGAAAUAGCAACUUAUCGCCAGCUCCUCGAAAAAGAAGAAAUCAGAUAUUAUGGUUGUAUCCAAGGUGGGAAAAAAGAUCACAAACCUACCACAAGUAAAGUUGGUUUUGUUUUACCUUCAGCCAUUAUAAAUGAAAUAUCUUUUUCAACAAAACUCCCACAAAAGUAUGAGAAUGAAAAAGUGGAAACAGUGACCAGACAGGCAAUAUUAAAUGGAAAUAUUGUGAAGGAAAGCACUGAAGCUCAUGGCACUAUUCAGACAGAGAAAGUGGAUGAAGUUAUUAAAGAAUGGGAAGGUUCCUUCUUUAAAGAUAACCCUCGAUUAAGGAAAAAAUCUGUUUCUCUUCGGUUUGAUCUUCAUUUAGCAGCCACUGAUGAAGGGUGUUUACAGACUAAACAGGAUAAUCUGCCAGACAUAGAAGUCAGGCUUAUCAUGAGAAGAUCAUGCAGCAUCCCCUCUAUCAAACCUCCAUCAGCAACUAGUUAAUCCAAGGAUUUGAAUUAACAUUUGAGUUACAAAUGACAUUAGGAUGGAUCAGAGUGGGCCAUGCUGACCCCUUCUGUCCCAAAAUGUAAGUUAUUAAGUAUGUAUGGAAUAUGUUACGAGCAGUGUGUGAUUGUGAUUCUCUUCGGAAGAGCACACACACAUUAAGGGAUAAAAUUUCUCUGAAUCCAAUUAUGGGUAUGCUUUUAAGAGAGGGGGAGCUUAAAAAUAAAAUCAGAAAUUCAGUUUGGUUUCUAUUUUAUUUAUUCUCCAAAGUCUUCUCUUUCCCUGGAAAUUUUAUUAGAGAUUGUUAGAGUAUUUAGUUGGCUUCAUUAAGUCUGUAAUGUCAUUCAAUGGCCAAACACUGUAAAGAAAAAAGAAUAUAGUUUGUUUGAAGAAGACUGUGUUAUGUGAAGAGUCACACUGAGUUAUUCAUCAUUAUUCUAUAACUGGCUAAAACAGAAAAGGGUUGUUCUAAUUUUUAAAACAGCAAUUAUAAGCAAACUUCUAAGGGGAGGCUCACUAGUCACUUCAGAUUUUUCCUUUUGAGACAAUCAUUUGGACACUGAGAAAAAUAAGAGAAGUUCUUUUCCGUGAGCAAUUCUGAGCAAACUAUAGAACAUAAAUACCCCAAUGCUAUUUUGAUGAUUGAAUAAAAUUAAUCUACAUCUGAAAUUUUUUUUGUAAUCAGGAUCUGACUUUCAGAAGAGUCACUUUAUUAAAGGAACUUUAAGGGUUGUGUCCUUCUACCACCAAAAAAAAAAAAAUCAGAAGGCUUACGGUACAAAA